ACCCUUUAAAGAGUUAACCAGCAGCGGUCGGUUUGGUUCAGCAGCAGUCAUUCAAUCUGCCAAGCCAAUUUAUUAGCGGGGUAAACUUGACAAACGGGUUUUCGUUCCCUUAAGUGCUCCAUCCUGCCUGUGAGCUGAAGAGUUGGGUGUUAAACUUCUGUAUUUCAUUUUGAUUACUCUGUACGAAAAAAAAAAAAUCACUAGCAGUAAACUUUACAAAGAAGAACCUAAGUUUGUCUAAAGUUCCAUGUGACGGGCCUACCUGCUUAAGCAAAUUCUGAACUUUGGAGAGGAAGUUAUAUAACUCUGCGGCAGUGAGAGGAGAGGAGACGGAAAAGGGUAGAGAAAGAGAGAGAGUGAGUGGCGCCCGAGAUAGAGGCAGUUCUUACGAGAUGGUGCUGGUGACUGAAGAGCAGGAAAACUAUGAAGGCCAGCUCUGUACUCCCGUGGAUGAAAUCAAACCCGUGAGGUCGUCUAGCAAAAAAGAACCAAGAGGGGUUACAUUUCACUCUGAAACUGAGAAUGGGGGAGAAGAGAAACACAAGAAGGCUGGGAAGCCAUUUAAUGAGCAGCUGCAGCCAUUGAAUAUUGAUGCGGAGCUCUUUCAGACCCGAAAGAAAUCACCGCUUGUAAGGUCCAAGACCUUUGAUACAAACGUUUCUCAAAUUUCUUCUGAGUGUGAAACCAAGCUCGAGAGAAAGAAAUCUUCGACCAGUCAGUUUACCAAGACUAAUGCACAGUUUCAUAAGCUUUUCAAGGAAGUAUGUAAGGAUGAGCUUCUAAAACAAAGUUAUACAUGUGCCUUACAAAAAGACAUCCUCUAUCAAGGAAAGUUGUUUGUUUCAGAAAACUGGAUCUGUUUCCAUUCCAAAGUAUUUGGUAAAGACACAAGGAUUGUUAUCCCAGUUUCAUCCGUGACCCUUAUUAAGAAAACAAAAACUGCCAUUUUAGUGCCAAAUGCGCUUGUUAUAGCAACCCCAAAUGACCGGCAUGUGUUUGGGUCUUUGCUCUCCAGAGAUGCAACGUAUAAGGUCUUGAAAUCCAUAUGUGUUCACCUGGAGGACAAAAGCACCGGAAACAGUCCAGUCGUAUCUGCUGAAAACAGCUUCAGGGCAGAACGUCCAACAUCCUUGCCUCUGGAUUUUGCUGCAGAUUUCUCUGAUCUGGAUGGAGCAGUUAGGAAAAGAAGACAGGAGAUGGAAGAAACUACCAGCUCUGGCUCGCAGACCCCAGAGUAUGAAAGUAUUCCAGAAUUCCCAGGAGUGCCUCCUACUUUCCUAAAUGUAGUUAAGAAUGGAGAUCUACCUGUCCAUGCUGAUAUUCACAUGCAGCAGAAUCCUGAAAGAAAUAUGAGUGUGCACAGGAAAGGUUCUUCCAGACUGGUGGGUGUUGUGCAUAAAGUGAAAUCGUUGCGGCCAAUAUCUUUGAACGCUCUUCUCCUUGUCUACUUGGUCUUAGUGUGUGUCCUAGUUCUAUCAUCGUGUUAUAUGGGCUUUAAAAUAAUGGCUUUGGAGCAGCGAUUGACUUCGCUGGGUUCUCUGACAGAGUAUCGGGAAAAUGAGCUUUUUGUGCAGCGACGUUCAGAAUCAAAUGUUAAUGCAGAAAUGAUUCAUGGGGAGUUAACUUCAAACCUGGCCAAACUAGAACAGAUUAAGAAAAACCUGCAAAGACUUCUAGAUGAAACGGAAUAAGAAGGGUUAACUGAAAUAGAAGUUUAUUUUCAAGCUUAAUGUUUUGCUGCUUGCCUUGGGGACCACAAGACCACCUCUGCUGGACAGAGCCUCACAAUUAUGGUACUUGUAGCCCAAAUCAUGUGGACUGUACUUCACUGUGGAACACUUAAAAGUGGCCUUAAUGCUGUGGAAUGUAAAGAUUCUUACUCUUGUGCAAUAAUAUUCUUUUAUUGUGAAACCUUUCCUGUGAUGGACUGCACUGUUUCAAUUAGCUGGUUUCUCUUGAAAACAGGAGUCCUAAAUAGCUUAUUGCCCAAAGACUAUUGGUGGCUGUAGUAGAUGGGUGCUACACCAAAAACUUAUUUCUUGUACUCCACUCCAAAUGUAGUGUAAUGUUUGAGCUUUUCAUUGCAUAACACUUGCAUAUGCAUUACAGAUUAUCCUUGGUGAUCUGCAUAUGGGUAGCUAUGCAUAACUGUAGAAACUGAAAUGUUUUGUAAUAAAAUAAAUAGGGUGACUGAAACAAAUCUUUAUUCUGUAUGAUGAAUUUUUGUCUGGUGUAUAAUAUGCUUAGAGUAAGUAGCUGGGUUCUGAGAAAUAUAUAGCAUUGUACAUCGCUGUGUUGCAGCAACUGUUCAAAUAACAUACCUGUCAUUUCUUUACAUCCUUACCACUUUUUACACUUCAACUUACUUAAGCCCAUCACUCCUUUUUGGAGCAUAGGCCGUCGACGACAUCCUGCCAGUGUAUCUGACUCUGGGCUAUCUUUUCCAGUUCUCUCCCAGGUGUAAUCCGUUAUCUGUGUCUGCCUCAAGGUUGCACCUCCAGGUGUUCUUCGGUCUCCCUCUUUUUCUCUUCCCCUGUGUGUUCCAGGUCAGGGAUUGUCUGGUGAUGUUGAAGGUGGGCUUCUGUAGGGUGUGACCAAUCCAGCCCCACUUUCUCCUCCGGAUUUCUUCCUCGACAGGGUCUUGCUUGGCCCUUAAGUCAAUGUUGCUGACUUUUAUUUAUUUUUUUUUCUGGCCAGUAAAUGUGAAGAAUCCCACGCAAACAUCUGUUGAUGAAGGUCUGGCUCUUCAUCAUUAUCCUUGUUGUUCUCCACGUUUGAGCUAUACAGGAGUACUGAUUUGACUUUUAAUUGAAUAUAUGGAUCUUGGUAUGUGUUGUAAUUGUAACUUUUUUAGGUGUUUCAAAGCUCUUCAAUAUGUUCACUCCAGCACACUGGGGUUUUAGAUCUGUCCUCCUAAAGCACUGCAGAUUUUUUAAAAAAUGUACUGCACUGUCUUUUCUGUUCUGUACCACAUCAUGGAUUGUUAUUGCUGUGUUACCUGUUUGACAAUGUGGGCAAUAAUCCUUGCACUAGAUUGGCCAUUUUGAAAAGAGCUUUGAAACACUAAGUUAUAAGUGUGUAACAUCAAGAUGUUAACCAUGAGAAGAGAAAUUACAGGUAUGUUAUUUAAACAGUUCUAGCAACAUGUGGGGAUGUGUGACGCUAUACUUUUCGGAACCCUGCUACUUGAUCUUUAAGUCACAAUGGUGCUGGAUUGUGGGGCAUUAUGUCCUGAACCAGAUGGCUGUUUCUGCAGAUUUUGAAAAAUUGUAAAGCAACAAUCUGAUGGAUUAUAUUUAUAUAAAAAAUGUAAUUGGGUAUAUUUUUAACCAUUUCUGUGAAAUGUUUCUAAAUUUGGAAAUAUGGAAUAAAUGCAUUAUAUUGUC